CGUACUGCCUCCCUACUUGCCCAGAGCGGCGGCUCCUACUGUUUAGUAGCAGUGAGCGAGGUGAUUCUACCCCCUCACCGUUCCACACACGCAUCCACCCACUCAGCCUCACCCCUUUUUCCACUUCACUCUCCUUCUUCACUCCUCUCACUUCUCCUCAAACGUGUACCUAGAUCCGUGCUGCUGCUCAAAUCGCAGGGCGAUUCGGGAUGGAGAAGGCCGCGUCUAACUACGACUGAUCUUUACGGCAGCCCAAGUUUUUCCCCUCGAUCCACCCUCUGUGACUGUUGUAGGCACGCUGAAUCAUUCACUCGUGUUCGGUUCUUCUCAAAAGGUUUCGCCAUGCCUCCUAUGGACCUUCCAUCCAAGAUCAUCUUGGAUGUUAUGUUUGAGAAAGUUGGCCAUCCAUCGGCUGCCUAAUCUACACGUGCCAUUCAUCGCGGCUGCCUUGAAGUCACGGUUGAUUUCCAUCCAAUUGCCAGUGAACUGGAGCGUCCUGUUAGUCAGACCUACAUUUCAACCUCCGCUUUUACUGAUCUGGAAGAAGCACAGAAUCAUGUUGCGCAUAAAGCCAUGGAAUUCAUGGAGCAGGAACACAAUGUGGUCCCAUGUGAUUAUAACUAUGCUAAGCUUCAGUCUGCUAGGCUUAACAACGAGGCUCUGCGUCAGCGCCUGAAAGAAAGAGAUCAAAGUAUCGAAGCACUCAAAAAGGUUAAUACAUCUCUUGUGCAGCAGCUAGCCGAGAAGAGCAGCACUCUUGAGUCUACCAUGAAGAAAAACAGAGAUCUAAUGGAGAAGCUUGCUGAAAAGGAUAGUGUCAUUGAAGCCAUCAACAAGGACAAUAAAACUCUGCACAAGCAGCUUGAUGAAAAAAUGGAGAUCAUAAAAAGCCUCAGCAAAGGAUGGGACAACUCACUGGAUACUGGGUUUUCAGCGACCACCCAGCUUCAGCGUCUGAUUGAUGAGACCAUGUCCCCUGGCUCAACAGACGCAGAAAUUGAGCUAAAUGCAACUCUCCUUAGUGCUCAGAAGAUCUACGAGUAUCUUGAGCAGAACACAAUCCUUGCUGUUGAGUACCUGCAAUCCAUUGGGACAUAUCCAUAUGAACCAAAGUCUGGUUGUACUGAUGAUGAGGAUAACUGCUUGGUGAACCCUGAAUCCGUGCCACCAGAACAUCAACCCUACAUGAGAAGCAUUCUGGAUGACGAGGAGAUCUUUGAUAGUGAAGGGAAUUGCUCUGCGGACUUCGACACUAUACCCGAGGAGCACUACUGAUCCAACAUCAACGACAGGUCAACAUGGUUAUCUUAACAAUCGUUUCAUGGUACCAGCUUGUUGUCUUCUGCUAUCUAGCCUGUGCAUCUCACAUCUAUGCUGCGACCGAUGAUUUACUAUGCACUGCCCUGCCCUACUAAACUUAUUAUCUAUGUAAAUUAUGUGGCAUCUGCUGAUGCGUGACUCUACUCUUUUAUGCCCUACCCCGGUCUACUGAACUUAUUUAUGUAAAUUAUAUGGUGUGUACCAGGGCUCUGCCCCACUAUCUAACGCCCUGUCAAAUUUAAUUUAUGUAAAUUAUAGUUUCCACUAAUGCCAUUCUGGGCUACGCAAUCCCUCGUUUAAACUGACUUUGUUGUAUACUUUGCAUCAAUGCCAGGCUGUGGCAUGUGUCCCAGUGAAUA